AUGGCGCCAACUGCAGCACUCGAUUCGGCCAGUCUCCUCUGCAUCACACCAGCAUGUCUUAGCCUUGCUGCAGACAUCCUUUUCAAUCUUGCCCCCAACCACACAGAAUUCGACCCAUGCACGGAUUUUGAAAAAGUGGCAUGCGGUGGCUUUCAGGCAAAGAGCGCACCAACAGGUGGCUCAGCUUAUGCAGGCACGUUCAACAGUGAUUCAGUUAGGGCCGUUUUGAAGCACAUUUUGGAAGAGCCCUAUCCCUCAGAAUCCGGCGUGGGAUUCAUCACGGAGUCCUUGUCUGAUGAUCAGAUCACUAUUGACAAGGCCAAUUUCAAGCUCAUGACUGAUGCCUACGAUGCCUGUAUGAACUACACUGCUGUUGAAGCUGCUGGGUUGGAGCCUCUGAUCCAGCUCGUUGAUCUCAUCGUGGAGGCUUUCCCAUCGAAAUCGCCAAAUGACUUGAUCACCAAGGAUGACGACUUGGGGAAAGUACUGCUCAUAUUCGCCCAACACUCCAUUCCCACAUUCGAGAUCAUCCUCCCCCAGUGGGAUGAUACAAACCCUAACAGGACUAUUAUCACGGUCCUGCCCGCGGGCGGAUCUCUGCUCAGCUUCGAUGAAGAUGAUGACACCCUGGCAAAAUACUUGGCCAUCCAGGCGUCGGUGCUACAAGCGAUUCAUCCAGCAAAUCUCACGGCUAUCGAAGCAAGCGAUCUUGCUUUGAAGAUCACGGAGUUCGAAGAGAAUGCAGGUAGUCUGAUCAAUGACAGCAAGGACAAUCCAACCUCUCCGCGGAAAAGGUUUACGUUGGAUGAGGUGAUCAGUGUGGCGCCUGAACUCGGUCACGAUUUUAUCAUCAAGAACCUUUCUCCGCCCGAUUAUGUGCCCGAAGUAUUGAAUUUCGCCCCUGGCUACUUUGGCAACCUUUCUGCGUUGCUGGCAAACACUACUGCAGACACACUGCAGGGGUACUUCGUCUGGAGGGCAGCAACGGCAUUUUCCAGCAUCGUCGAGGCCGACGUCACCGAGAAGCUCAACGACUUGAAGAGCACGUUCCAGGGCGAGGAUCCGAAUAUGAUCGGUCGUCGCCCGCGUUGGCGGCAGUGCGUGUCCCAUAUCGAGAACGGGGUUGACUGGAUUGAACUUUCCAACGGACUCGGGUGGAUUCUCGGCCGCUUUUUCGUCGACCGGGCUUACACGAAAGAAGCCCGUGAGCUUACCACGGCUCUCUUGGCCACCAUCAAGACCGAGUUUGUUACUCGUCUAGCUGAUAAAGACUGGCUAUCGGCCGAAGUCAAGGAAACUGCCGAGGAGAAGGUCCGUACCAUCACAGACAAGAUUGGCUAUCCUGACAAGUCCCCGGAAACCACCAACCCGCAAGAUUUGGCCAACUAUUAUAGCGAUCUUCGAAUUGGCGACUCCUAUUUCAACAACACAGUCGAAACUGCUGCCUGGUUUACUUCCAAACUGUGGUUGUGGCUCGACGAGCCUACCGAUAAGGCAAUAUGGAUCUUUAGCCCCUCGAUAGUCAACGCCUUUUACUUCCCGGAAUUCAACGACAUCUUCAUCCAAGCAGGAAUCCAGCAGCAGCCUCUGUACGAUGUUGGCUAUCCAUCAUACAUCAACUAUGGCGGGAUGGGAACGAUACUUGGCCACGAACUGACCCACGGCUUUGACAACCAGGGCCACAACUACGCGCCUGAUGGUGCCCUCACCAACUGGUUCGACGAGAGCAGCGAGGACGCUUUCAGCGAUCGCGCCGAGUGCUUUGCGAAGCAGUACAGCGAGUUCUCUGUUGCGUCUCCAAACGGCACGCGCGUUUACGUCAACGGCAACGCAACGCUGGGGGAAAACAUUGCCGACGCAGGCGGCGUGGCCAACUCCUUCGCAGCGUGGAAGCGCCAACAGGCCGACGGAAAAACCAACGACUGCGAUCUCCCUGGCCUUGGCGGCUUCACGCACGAACAGCUUUUCUUCGUGAAGUAUGCUCAGAACUGGUGUCAAAUCUCCGACUCUCGGGCCCUCGAUGUCUGGCUCAUCAACAAUGAUCCCCACGCGCCUGGCCCUGCACGUAUCAAGGGUCCGCUAGACAACUCGGAAGAUUUCAAGAAGGCCUUCAACUGCCCUGUGAAAGAGCCACGAUGUGAGCUCUGGUGA